GUGAGGCAUUUCAGAACAAGAUGAACGAGGAUUGAUUGGUCAGGUCUGGGUGAAGGGAAAUGGAAGUCUGCGGACGGGGAUAAGAGAUUGAACGCUGAAUGUGGAACUUUGUUUUGUCUGUGAGGAAAUACUUUAAGGGAAAUGUCUAUUUGGACCUUUUGUACGUGUUCCCUUUCAUGCGCAAACCUUUAAUGGGACAAAGAACUAGUAGAUUCCUAUCAGAUUUCAUUAUUGAUUUGAUCAGAUGAGCAGCUUCAGUCAGUGCAGUGAACAGACCGACAACAGCAACAGCCUCCAUUCCAGAGCUGCCUCUCCUCAGCCCAUGACUGCUGCACUACAGCAUGUAGACAGCAGUGCUUUCUCCUGGAGCUUUUGCAAAUGAAAAUGGAGGACGUGUCUCUGUCCAGUAUGGACAACAGUAAGAUGGAGGGCUUUGCUCAAGAGAUCCUGUCUGACCUGGUGGAAGAUGCCUGUUUGGGUCUUUGUUUUGAAGUUCACAGGGCUGUCAAACAGGGAUACUUUUUCCUGGAUGACACAGACCAGGAGAGUAUGAAAGACUUUGAAAUCGUGGACCAGCCUGGAGUAGACAUUUUCGGGCAAGUGUACAACCAGUGGAAAAACAAAGAGUGUGUGUGUCCCAACUGCAGCCGGAGCAUCGCCGCCUCACGCUUUGCUCCUCACCUGGAGAAAUGCCUCGGCAUGGGCCGCAACAGCAGUCGCAUUGCCAACCGCAGAAUUGCAAGCGGCAACAACACGAACAAAUCAGAGAGCGAUCAAGAAGACAAUGAUGAUGUCAACGACAAUGACUGGUCUUAUGGGGCAGAAAAGAAAGCCAAGAAGAGAAAGUCAGAUAAGGUAUUUUUACAUUCUUUGAAACAACCUGUAUUCUUGAAUCCAAAUUCACCAAGAAGAUCCAAAUCCAUGAAACAUAAAAAUGUGUUUCGACAGACUGAACAGAAGAAAUGAACUGGAGAAGAUUUCCACGUCAAAGAAGGCGGAGCCUCAGAGCCACACCUACCUAUUACGUAAUCGCCACGGACCAGUGAUAGUUCGAAGGGGUUCACUAGCUGGAGCAUACUUUUCCGGAAAGUUCGCUUUGACAAGCUGUUUCAACUCCCCAAACAAACUUUGUUUUGGCCUGAUUUUGUUCAAAAUUGCAUCACACAAGUUCAACUUUCUUCAAUUUUGCUUGAAGUAUAUCGGGGCCUUUUGGGGCCUUUCACACAGAACACGUUUUUGCGUUGAAUAACGGAACGAAACACGCAAAUACAUUUUGUAUUUUUUUUUAAAGUUGAACUACUUUUAACUUAAGCAGUGUUUUUAGAAUGCCGUGACGCUGCAUAAGACACAAGUGCAACAAUCAGACACACGCAUUUAGCAUAUUUACAUUGAAACCAUUAGAAAUGUAGCACAGUGGAAUGCAAAAACAGAUUCUUUGUGAAUGGCCUCUUAUGGUGCAUUUCGCAUGUCCGAUUUCAAAGCUUUACAUGCUAGUUGAAAAAUUUUGCAAGCAAUAUUGUAUGCUAACAGUCUUUAAGUCAUUGAAAGUUAUUGACAAAAAGAUAAGACAUUAUAAUUAACUGUCUGGUGAAUAAUUUUCUUAAAGCUUUGCUGGGUCCUAAGCGACGUGUGGAGAAUCAGGACAGUUCGUGUGUGUUGCUAAGAGAUGAGACGUUUUCUCAAUAACACUGUGGGUAGCAGGAGUCACUCACUACCCACAGUGCCACACGGUUUACCAUAUCACAGGAUUGUGUGAGCUGAAUUAUGCUGAUCAGUGGAGGAUAUGUGGACUAAUUCUUCUGUCAUUCAGUUUACAUUAGUUUUUUCUUUUUUUUUUUCUCUCUUUUUUUUUUCGUCUUCAGACAUUUUUGCACAAUCUCAUAUCCUGCUCAUGCAGCUUUGAUGGCUGGUCUCUCAAAAAUGACACAUCUAGGAUAGAGGAACUUGCACGGUGCUCUCAGGGAGGAAGUUAGAACUCAGAUCAUCAUGUCGGCAGCCAGAAACAGCCGAGUCGUAGAACCUGGGCCAGUUGAGCUCUCCCAUAACUAAGGUGUAGGAUUCUCUCGAAAGCAUACAUUCUCAUAUGUAAUUUCUCAUUCUGGGAGGAUUUUGCAUCUAAUAAUGAAAUUGUUAAAGAUUAAUAGCAAAUCAAGAUCAUAAAUCAGUGUGAACUGUUCCCCAUCAGGUAUUUACUACACAAUGUUUUAAUUUUUUUUUUUUUUGGAGAAUCAUGACCCAGUAUAGUUGUUUCUUUCCUCUGUAGUUCAAUAGCCAAAAUGUGGUACAUUUGUACUAUGUUAUGUCACUAGUUCUUUAGCAUAUUAUCAUACUACAUUUUUUUUUUUUUUUUCAAUAGUAAGUUAUUGGUUACAAAGAGAGGCGUAGAUCUCCAAAAAGAAUUAAGGCUUGAGAAUAUCUUUAUCAUUGUAACUUGUUUUUCUUUACUCUUUUUUUUUUUUAUGUAUUAGAUGUUUACAGUGUAAAGUGUCCUGUGCGGUCUCACUUUGUUUGUAACGGUGUAUAUAUAUUUGACUAGGUGAAAGAUGCUGCUAUCCUGACCGUGAGCCAUACGCUUACGAGCAUGUCAUCCAUGUAAUAAAAAAAAUCUGAACUCUGAA